AUGCUAACAAGUAAAACACGCCUUGCUGUAAGGCGUCUUGUCCUUUCUCCCCGCCAAGUUCCCACACGACCGUUGCCACUAUGUCGUCUUCCCAUCAUUCGCCCUCAACAGUCGAUAAGAAGCUAUGCCAAUGGACGGCCACAUCCCCCAGGAGGAACUCAUCGCAUGGACAUGAGUGGUGAGCCUGAGAAGCCCGCUUUGGAACAAUACGGAGUCGACCUCACAGCACGAGCACGUGAUGGCAAGCUAGAUCCAGUCAUCGGACGAGAUGGAGAGAUUCAGAGAACUAUACAAAUCCUAUCGCGACGAACCAAGAAUAAUCCAGUCGUAAUUGGUAGUGCGGGCACGGGCAAGACGGCCAUUCUCGAAGGAUUGGCCCAACGUAUUGUCAGAGGGGACGUCCCGGAGUCAAUAAAAGACAAACGCGUCAUAUCGCUCGACCUCGGGUCUCUCAUCGCAGGUGCCAAGUUUCGGGGUGAUUUCGAGGAGCGACUAAAGAAGGUCCUGAAAGAAGUGGAGGAUGCGAAGAAGGGCGUGAUACUCUUUGUUGACGAACUGCAUACACUUCUAGGUCUUGGCAAGGCAGAAGGUAGUAUCGAUGCUAGCAAUCUUCUGAAGCCUGCGCUCAGUCGCGGUGAACUCCAACUCUGCGGCGCCACAACACUGAACGAAUACCGACUCAUCGAAAAAGACGCGGCUCUAGCGAGGCGCUUCCAGCCCAUUGUGGUUGGGGAACCCACCGUGACGGAUACCAUAUCAAUAUUGCGUGGUAUCAAGGAACGAUACGAGGUGCAUCAUGGUGUGCGUAUCACUGACAAUGCUCUGGUGGCUGCCGCUUCUUACAGCAAUCGAUACAUUACGGAUCGCUUUCUCCCUGAUAAGGCAAUCGAUUUGGUUGACGAGGCCGCCAGUGCACUACGCUUGCAGCAAGAAAGCAAGCCAGAUGCGAUACAGGAGCUCGAUCGUCAAAUCGUGACAAUUCAAAUCGAGUUGGAAUCACUUCGCAAAGAAACCGACAUCGCCAGCAAGGAACGACGAGAGCGUUUGCAACAAACAUUGACGCAGAAGCAAGACGAAGUCAAGAUACUGACUGAGAAAUGGGAGAAAGAGCGUGCGGAGUUGGACGAAAUCAAGAAUGCUCAGGAAAAUCUCGAAAAGGCCAAAAUGGAGCUUGAACAGGCACGACGAGAAGGCAACUUCGCCAAAGCGGGUGAACUCCAAUACAGCCGAAUUCCAGAAUUGGAGCAGAAACUCCCCAGUGACGAAGACGCGGCUUCGGGCGCGAGACCAGAAUCACUGUUGCACGACUCUGUUACCGCCGAAGACAUUGCGUCUGUCGUCUCGCGCACCACCGGCAUCCCUCUCUCCAAGCUGAAUAGUGGAGAAAGCGAGAAGCUUAUCCAUAUGGAAGAUUCCCUGCGUCAAUAUCUCAAAGGCCAGGAUGAAGCGCUAACCGCUGUUGCGAACGCCAUUCGCCUACAGAGAGCUGGCCUCAGUGGCGAAAACCGUCCCAUAGCAUCCUUCAUGUUCAACGGCCCUACGGGGGUCGGCAAGACUGAGGUCUGCAAGAGGUUGGCAGAGUAUCUUUUCAGCACACCUCAGGCCGUCAUACGGUUCGACAUGAGCGAGUUCAGCGAGAAACAUACUGUGUCUAGACUCAUUGGAUCGCCUGCCGGUUACGUUGGAUAUGAAGACGCUGGCCAACUCACGGAAGCAGUGCGACGAAAGCCUUAUGCCGUCCUUCUCUUCGACGAGUGGGAGAAAGGGCAUAAAGACAUCUCAACGCUCCUCCUUCAAGUUCUGGAUGAGGGCUUCUUAACGGAUGCGCAGGGCCGCAAGGUUGACUUCCGCAACACUAUCAUAGUCAUGACGUCGAAUCUUGGCUCAAACCUUAUUGUUGGAGACGACACUAUCGAUGGGGUCGACAACGAUUCGGGCGAGAUCUCCCCAGCAAUCCGCAACGCUGUCAUGGACAUUGUAUCCGCCACAUACGCGCCUGAGUUCCUCAACCGAAUCGACGAGUUCAUCAUCUUUCGACGGCUCUCCCGUGAAGCGCUUAGAGAUAUCGUAGAUAUCAGGUUGAAGGAGCUCCAGCAACGGUUGGACGACCGUAGAAUUUCCCUUGACUGCUCAGACGAAGCUAAGCAGUGGCUCUGUGAUCGUGGCUACGAUCCAAAGUAUGGCGCGCGACCGCUGAACAGGUUGAUUGCGAAAGAGAUCGGUAAUGGCCUGGCAGACAAGAUAAUUAGGGGUGAGAUUCGGAGUGGUGAUACAGCUAAAGUAGCCAUCCGCGACGAUGGGUCUGGCCUGAUUGUGGCCGCAACCUCUUCAAGUUGA